CUUUUUUAUUUUAACAGUUCAACACCCUAUGCUUGCUUGGAUUGGGAACCAUGGCCACCACUGCUUCUUCCCUCUUUUCUCUGCCUACAACAACUCCUAAACCUCACAAAACAACAACUCUUUUUUCAUGCCCUAAUUUCCUUAAACCGAAAUUCACCCUCAAAUUCCCCAGAUUGGGGGUUUCUUGUUCAAAAGAAAAGGGGUCAAAAAAGGUGUCCCCUUUUGUGAUUUCUUGCUUGGUUGAUGAUAAUUUGAAUGCAGAAGGGUCUUUUGGUGAUGCUGAAUCAAACCCUAGAGCAACUAUUGACCUCAAACUCACGAGAAGAAGCUUGUUAGUGCAAUUUACGUGCAAUGCUUGUGGCGUAAGAUCACAAAAGCUCAUAGACCGACUAGCUUAUGAAAAAGGGAUGGUUUUUGUUCAGUGUACUGGAUGUGAACAGUAUCACAAACUUGUUAACAAUCUAAAUCUUGUGGUGGAGUACGACUUUCGGGAGGAAAUCAAUGCGAGUCCGGAUGCAGAUCAAGUUUGAUUCGUCGUUCUACUCUGUUUUGUAAAUUUGUUCUUUAUCUGACAGUUAAUAUACAUUUAUAAGCCUUCUUUAACCUAUAAGUUAUAACGUUUGUUCUCCAUCGA